CGUUAGUCUACUCCUACCUUUCUUCACUCGGUUCUGUUCUGUUCUUUUCUUUUCUUUCAACUUUCUCCUUAUUCUCUAUUAUUCUUAUUCUCUCCCUUUCCGAUCAAUAUUCUUCUUUUCAUUCAUUAUUAUCCAAAAUAACAAUAACUCCAACCCUUUCUUCUUCUUCUUCUUCAAUCAACUAACCGCCAGCCAUGAAGGGUUUCGAUUCUGUAACCGAUCCAAAGAAUAGAUUCUUCUUCCUAUGGACCAUCCUUGUUCUACUCUCUUUGGUUUGUGCUGCUUAUUUCUUUGGUAAUGCAUUAUCUCAAAACGAAUACAAACAAAGGUUGGCAAGAUGGGGACUAAUUUAUUCAACACCUAUUACAAAAUCAAAUGCAUGCAAGACACAAUGCCAUCCUCCUUCUGGAACUCACUCAUUGCCUCAAGGAAUUCUUGCUACAACAUCUGACUUGGAAACAAGACCCUUAUGGGCCUCUGCUGCUCCAAACAAUAAAAAUUCAAAUCGACCAUUGAAUUUGUUGGCUAUUCCAGUAGGAAUUAAGCAGAAACAAGUUGUAGAUAAAAUCGUCAAAAAGUUCCUGGCCAGUGAUUUUGUUGUCAUGCUUUUUCAUUAUGAUGGUUUUCUGGAUGGAUGGAAGGAUCUAUCUUGGAAUAGCCGAGCCAUACAUGUGUCCGCUAUAAAUCAAACUAAAUGGUGGUUUGCGAAACGAUUUCUGCAUCCAGACAUAGUUGCCGACUACAAUUAUAUAUUCCUCUGGGAUGAGGACCUUCUUGUCGAUAAUUUUGACCCGAAAAGGUAUAUAUCUAUUGUGAAAGAAGAAGGGCUAGAGAUAUCACAGCCUGCACUGGAUCUCGGUAAAUCAGAAAUCUAUCAUCCACUCACAGCUCGUAUAGAAGGAUCCAAAGUGCACAGAAGGUUUUAUAAGACCAAAGGUAGCGGAAGGUGUGAUGACAGUAGCACCGCUCCUCCUUGCGUAGGUUGGGUGGAAAUGAUGGCACCGGUGUUUUCUAAAAAAUCCUGGCCAUGUGUAUGGCAUAUGAUUCAGAAUGACUUAAUCCACGCGUGGGGAUUAGAUAGACAGUUCGGUUACUGUGCACAGGGUGACCGAAUGAAAAACAUCGGUGUGGUGGAUGCAGAGUACAUAGUUCAUCUCGGCCUUCCUACUCUUGGAGGAUCUAACGGCAAUGCGACGUCGGCAAAUUCUCAUAGAGACGAAAGUGAUAGACCUAAAGUGAGGAUGCAGUCAUACAUUGAAAUGCAGAUAUUUGCAAACAGAUGGAAAGAUGCAGCAAACAAGGACCAAUGUUGGAUUGAUCCAUAUCAACAACAACAAGCACAUUAGUCUGUGAAGUUUUAUUAUGGAAUAUAAAAUCCAAGUUUGUGUUCAAUAUUUUCAAAUUGGGCCAAGUCACAUAGACUAUUCUACCUUUUGUGACUUAAGUGAUUAUUUCAUUUUUCCCUUAUAUAUUGGUGUACAUAAGGGUGGUAUAGGAGGAGGAGUCACAGAAAAAGUUUUAGAGCAUAGUUUCUUUUUUUUGGCCCCUGUGUAGAUGAUAGGUUACAUGGCUAAAAUAUUAUCAAAUGUUAUUAUUCAGAUUGGGAUGAUUACAAUUUUCUCA